UUUUACGGAAUACCUAGGGGCAGUCGGAAGGAAACUUUUGUGGGAAAUGUUUUUUUGUGGCCUGAUUCGGAUCCCAAAUGCCGCGGGCUGUGAACAAAGUUGUUUUGGCUUUGAAGAUUUCUACACAGAAUGCCUUUUGUUUCGCUGUUAUCACAAAAAGUAAAGGAUCAAAUUAGCCUUUGAACUUUUCUUUAAACUGCCAACCGGAAUCCCAGUCAGUCAUCAAAUAAUGUGAAUCCAAACGGGUCAAUUUUUUUGUGUAAAAUCAAACACAAUAAAACACAAAAUUUCGACUUGCAAAAUGGAAGAGACCAGAAUUCUAAAUAAUCAAAUAAUAUCGCCACCAGACAAGAUGAAACCAGCAAGUGCACAGAAAGAGCACAAGAAUUUAUUGGAUUUGUCAGAUUCUAAAGAUUCACUUGACCAGAUUAAAAAGGAAUUAAAAAAGGAUCAAUCAAAAGUCGACAAUGAAACCGGAGCAGAGAAGAACGAAGAAAACGCCCAGGAUGUGUCGGAAGCCCAAGGACAACAGGUGUACGCGGCAAAAGAAUCCAGUGAAUGUAAUAUAUCUAUAGCAAAAACGAAAAUCUCUGGAACCGAGAUCAUAAAUACAGAAAUAAAUAAAGACUCGGAUUUAAGGAUUCGAAAAAUAACAAAGGAAAACAGUAAAGAAGUGUUAAAUGAUGCGGUGUCAAAUAAAACUCUCACAGUGGAAACAAAGCCCCAGGAAAAUAAAGAAAAUCUCAAGGAUAAUAAGGAACGCGAGGAAAAUCUGAAGAGCCUUAGCGGGAAAAUGGAAAAUGAAGAACUUAUCAAUGCCAAGGAACCAGUUAUCAAAGAGGAACAGCACACCACUCCUGAUUCGGAAAAGCAGGACCAAAUGUCGGAAAAUUCUGCACCAACACCAAAAAUUCAGGAGGAAAUGAAAAAGCCCAAGGAAACAACACAAAUAAAAGCUGCAUAUCAACUUACCCAGCCAAACGAUCCGCUGAAUACGAUUAGAGAGGACAUGGAAAAAUAUUUCAGUGGCAUUGUGGCCGAGGAGGAAAACAGGAGAUUGAGCGAUGAGAUGAACGCCAAGGAAGCUGAAGCCAUUAGGAAGGAAGAGCAGAAAAGGAAAAACUGCUUGGAAAUGCUCCAAGAUGUUAGCCAAGCCACGUGCUUAUCCAGCACUUCAUCGGAAAGAAGGCCUUCACGAUCCGUGCUCGUGGCCAUCCUGCAGCGAUCCGCCAAGGCGGAGUACCAGAGGAAAAUGAACAUCCUCAAGGACAACUUCUCCUUUCGCCUGGGGCUGAUUAAGCAGUUCAAACACGACAUGAAAAACAACUUUAAGAGCGAGGCCCAGCAACUCUAUAGCGACUACCACUCCUUCAAGAACCAGACAGAAUACAAAGCCACUUAAAACCCACUAGAAUUUAAUUCAAAAACAGAGCUCCGAAAGCAACACUAGCAAAAGGGACUGACCCCACUCAUCCAUUACACAACCUCCAUUUCGAAGAAUAUCUACUAACUUGACACCGAAAAGCAGGGGACUAUUAGUAUUGCAUCCACUCAGUUCUAUAAGAGGAAAAACCUGCCGAAAGAAUAUUAUGACACUGUAGUUCUUGAAUUCAUUGUGUGCACUUGCUUCUUUGCAUCUUGGAGAAGUGCAGCUGUAUCUCAUUAACUGAGUUUUAAAAGUACAGUCACCACUUCGUUCGCCCCGCGGUAUGCAACAGUUUUUUUUUUCUUUUGCCCCGGCAAACCUUAAAUUUGCGCCACUUCUGUUUUGCAUGUCGAAAUAAAACAAAGACAAUGAAAAUUGACCCAAA